CUUGGCGGCAGUUGUUUUCAGGCCACGGUACGCGGCUCUCAGCUGGGCUGCUGGGCUCGGGGCUAGGAAGCCGGACCAGUUCUUCGGACGCGCGCUCGCGGACACAGCCGAGAGGGCCUGAGUGGCUGGCCCAGCGGGCAGCGUCCCCGAGGUCGUCGGCCGCGGCGAUGUCUGCCCGGUGCUGUGCUGGCCAGUUGGCCUGCUGUUGCGGAUAUGCUGGCUGCUCCCUCUGCUGUGGCUGCUGCCCUAAGUUCCGACAGUCUCGGACCACCCGCUUCAUGUAUUUAUUCUACUUCAUCCUGGUCAUCGUCCCCUGCUGUGUGAUGAUGUCACCCACGGUGAUGAAGCAGGUGAAGGAGCACAUUCCCUUUUUUGAAGACUUCUGUAAAGGGACUAAAGCCGGUGACACCUGUGAGAACCUGGUGGGGUAUUCUGCGGUGUACAGAGUCUGCUUUGGAAUGGCUUGUUUCUUCUUUGUGUUUUGCCUGCUGACCUUAAAAGUCAACAACAGCAAAAGUUGCCGGGCCUACAUUCACAACGGCUUUUGGUUCUUUAAAUUGCUGCUGUUAGGGGCCAUGUGCUCAGGAGCGUUCUUCAUUCCAGAUCAGGAGACCUUUCUGAAAGUUUGGCGCUAUGUGGGAGCUGUGGGGAGCUUCCUCUUCAUUUGUAUCCAGCUCCUCCUGAUUGUGGAGUUUGCACAUAAAUGGAACAAGAACUGGACUGCAGGCACCAUCCGUAAUAAGCUGUGGUACGCCUCUCUGUCCCUGGUGACACUCAUCAUGUAUUCCGUUGCUGUUGGAGGCUUGGCGUUGAUGGCAGUGUUUUACACACAGUGGGACGACUGCAUGGACAACAAGAUUCUCCUGGGAGUACAUGGUGGCCUGUGCGUGCUAAUCUCUCUGGCAGCCAUCUCGCCCUGCGUCCAGAAUCGACAGCCACACUCUGGGCUGCUGCAGUCAGGGCUCAUAAGCUGCUAUGUCACUUACCUCACCUUCUCAGCACUGACCAGCAAGCCUGAAAAAAAAGUCCUGAAUGAACAUGGAAAGAAUAUUACCAUGUGUGCACCUGACUUUGGUCAAGACCUGCAUAAAGAUGAAAACAUGGUGGCCUGGCUGGGCACCCUUCUUUUAAUUGUGUGCAUCUCAUAUUCAUGUUUGACAUCGACAACAAGGUCGAGCUCAGAUGCUCUGCAGAGGCGAUAUGGAGCUCCUGAGCUGGAAGUAGCCCGGUGCUGUUUCUGCUUCGGUCCAGAUGGAGAAGACACUGAAGAACAGCAGAAUGUUAAGAAGGGGCCCCGGGUCAUUUACGAUGAGAAGAAAGGCACCGUGUACAGCUACUCCUACUUCCACUUUGUCUUCUUCCUGGCUUCCCUCUACGUGAUGAUGACCUUGACCAGCUGGUUCCACUACGAAAAUGCCACCAUUGAGACCUUCUUCUCAGGCUGGUCCGUGUUCUGGGUCAAGAUGGCCUCCUGCUGGAUGUGUGUGUUGCUGUACCUGUGGACCCUGGUGGCCCCUCUCUGCUGUCCCUCCAGGCAGUUCUCUGUGUGAGGAUGUCCAAGUGCCCCAUGGCUCAGCAGGCCUGUGCCCACUCUAGAGGGCUGCCCUUUGAACGUGUGCACCAGGGGUUUAAGCAGCAACUGGUGCCCUGUGAAAAGCUGAUAUCCCUGCCUAGCUUACGUAGGUCUGACAAAGCUUUCAGGAAACACACAAAAUCUCCUGAUGAGCUUCUUUGUGGUAAAAUCCAAAAGGAAACUGCCAGUUUGAUCUACAGGAAUUGGAAUCUUUAGCCAAGCUGGUAGGUGCAAUUAUCUCUUUCUGCCUUACCCAAGAAUUAGCUGAAGUUUGUUUCUGUUCUUCCUGGGUGUGUUUUAACCAGGGCAGAACUUGAGGCGCAACAUCCAUCACAGGGAUGAACAUGGCCUUGUAUGGCCUGUCACUCUCAUCUGUGGCAUAAAGAAGCAACAACAGAAACACUGAGUCCUCAGCCUAGGGUGGGCCUUGACCUCUGUCACUCACCUUUGCCUGCCUCCCGGAGCCCUCACCGCUCCCUGUUCAUGCAGAGUACCGAGGGAGCCCCUCCUUUGAGUCCACCCUCAACUUCUGCACAUCCCUGCCCCCAGCAUUUUCUAUUGAGGUCAUGAUGCUGGGAGUCAUGGCCUUCCUGUCCUCUCUGCCCUUGGCAGAAGUCCUUCAUUCUUGUCUAGGGUAGUGUUUGUAAUGUUUAAAGCACAAUUUAUUCUCACCUUCAUGGGACGCUCCCAUGUGUUUUCCCUACCCAAACCAAGUCACUGCAGUAAUCCUGCGCUUAUUUAUGGUAGUGUUCAUGUGACUGUAAAACAAGGUGCAUGUUGUCGUCUUUGCCCAGGCAGUGGAGGAUUACAGUUCUCACUUGUAUGUGUCAUUAACAGUAAUGCUUUAAGGAUCUUAACAAAAAAAACGUUGCUGCUUCACUGCAGCCUGCCACACCCCUCUGAGUGUUAAGGUCAGCCCCCCUGAGUCUCCCCCACCAUGUGGCCUUCCUCACUAACAGUGUGCCCUCAAUGUUAAAAGCAUGGUUUCCUUGAAGUAGAGAAGGGCUGGGGUGAGGAUCCCAGGCAGCUUCUAACAGAGCUGGCCAGACAAGCUGUGGAAGUGUGGAAUUAGUCAGUGGUUGGGGGCAUCUCACAAGACUUCGAUUACAUCCACCCAAAUUCCCAGAUAUGCUUUUGGAAAGCAGUGCUCACAGGAGUGCAUUUUAGUGCCAAUGUUCUUGAUGAGGGAGGAGAUUUCCCCAGUGCCUAUCUGAACAAGUCAGACAGAAUUGGGACCCACCUAAGCCUGAUUCUCACUUGCCAAAAUGUCAGACUCUUCAUUUCUACUCAGUACUGGGCCCUCCUGCUAAAAGGACCCAGGGAAAAGAAAUAGUGGUAAAUUCUUUGGAGAGCUUGCCUGAUUUACAGUAUUUGAGAUCCUGUCUUAAAAGGUACACAGAUGAGGACACCUUGUCUGAAAACUUCAUCAUGAUCCUUGUAUUGAUAGGUCAGGACCUCUCAGCAGUUCAGAGACAGGAGAAUCACCAAAAGCAUAGCUAUACACCAGCCCUAAACAAGCCUAGUUAAUCCAGUAGGAAUGAGGGCCUCAUCAACUGGGAAUGCUUCAGAAAGUGAGCCUGCUGUGCCUGAGGGAGGUGCUCCGAAGGAGGCAGAGGGGAACUCAGGGGCUGGCUGGAGCAGGAUUGUUUUGCUAAGGUUGCCUCUGCUGAGACUGGCAGCCAGGUGUGGUGACUUUUGAACUGGUCCUCAUACCAGGUCAUGGCCAGAAUGACAAGGCCACACAUUCCUGGGCUGGCCUUUGUUGCCCCCUUUUCCCUCUCUGGAAAGCAGCUCAAGGAAACCCAGACAGUAGCAGUGGCAGCCCCUGUGACUUCCCUGUGAACCAAGCAAGCCCCACUCACUUUCCAGCUGCCUAAGGCUUGGUUGAGUGCAUGCCCUGCCCUUCAGAAGUUAGGUCUCACACAGGAGGAAGAGCUGGCCACUCCCUUCUUUACUCUCAGCUGAUGGUAUAGAUGGAUGGUCAGAAUUGAGAUGAAGGGUUUCUAAGAAAGAUAUACAUACGAAUUGAACCUUUAAUCUCAGCCGAAGUGAGGGAAUCUCUGUGGUUUCUAGGCCAGCUAGACUCUAUUUCAAAACAAGAAGUUAGCUUUUGUGAUCAGCUAUGAGAAACUAUUCAGGUAGAAGCCUGUUUGUGAGCUUAAGAACGCUAUUGUUUGUGAGACUUGAGAAAACUGGAAAGUGUGCCAUUGUUCUGAGAUAACAAUAGCAAUGUUAGCUUGCUUGAUCCUUUGGUAGCUUUUAAAGAUAACAGACCUUUGCUUUGAGCAGUACCUGAGCAGGACUAUAAAGAUGCAUGCUUUGAAGCUGCCCAUCUGACCCUUAGCCAUGGCAGCCCUGGAGGCAGAGUUUUAGAAAUCAUAUGUGUUCUCUUCCUCUCGUUAUUAUGAGUAAAACAUUAGUUAUGCCAGAGAGGGAUUCUCCUGGGAGUCUCGUUCACACGUGAUGCCUGCUUCCCAUGCCAUUGCUGAGUCAAGCUUUGGUGGUGCUGGAUAGCUGAUCUGGGUUUUCUUGGGAAGUCAGCAGAUAAACUGUUCUUCAGAGGUUUGGGGAAGUUUUAUAUAGUGGGUGAAAUGUGGUGUGGAAAGAGUUGGGGGUGGCAUGGAGUAUUGGGAUUUGGGGUUCCGAACCCCAUAAGGAGUGGCCAGUAGGAGACGGUACCCUGUCUCCAAUUCCACGGUGACUUCACUCCAGUGUUAAUUCCCCCUUCCCAAAUUGUCACCCUCUGCCUUUAUCCAAUGAUGUACUCAUGCCGUCUUGGUGCUUCAUGUUACCCUGGGAAGAGCUUCAGAGCCUGUACUUAAACUUCCUGGGCUUCUCUUCUUCAUUGCCUUUCUAACCAGUGGCUCUUUUUCGUGUGCCGAAACAUAAACCAAUGCACAUCCCACAUACUGCCAAGUGAAAAAGGGCUUCCUAAGGAAGAUGGGCACCAGGGAGGACCCUGGGCCUCCUCCUCGGACAUGAGCUUGCCACCUGAUCAUGGACGCUCAAGGUUUCUUCUGUGACUUACUCACUAGAAAACAUUUUCAUUUCCUGUAGAGAUGAGCUCUCUGGCAUUGUGGUGACUUCAGAGGGCUUUAGCUCGUUCUCAUUUUCUGUUUUCCAUCACUGAAGCAUUCACAGAGACAGUUAUUUUGAAAGGCCGAAAUACUUGGCUUUUACCAAAGAGGUAUCUUUGAUUUUGUUUUAAUUGGGCAAGGGCAGAGCUGGAAUGCAUUCGCCCAAUUGACUUUGAGAAGUUUAACCACAUUCAUGUGAGGCAAAUGAUAGAAGUCUUUAAGGUAAUCCUUUGGGAUCCUGGGGAAUUCUCUCAGGUAAAGAAAGAUUACAGCAGAUGAGUAAUAUAUGUCUUGAGAGCUAUUUAUAAAAAUUGUAAGAGGAUCAUUUUGUUUCCAUUUAUUAAAGAUUUAAACUUUUUUACUUUGCAAAGAAAAAAACUACAAACAUUUUUAUAGUCAUAACUGUUAAUUUUUUAAAAAAGUUUUUUUUUUUGGAAACAAUUAGCUGUAGCCAAAUUUUAUGGUUACAUUUUUGCUAUAGUGGAGUUUGAAUGCAAUCUGUGUGGUAAGUCUACUGUUUGUUUAUAAAGGUCUCUGACAUGGUUAGAUUUUGCUACCUUUUAAAAUAGUUAUUUUCCCCCAUUAGCCACAAAGCCAAUUAUGGAUUGGAUUUGUAUUUGUGUUUUUCAAUGCCAAUUUUUCUAUGAAGCACCUGAAAUUGACUGGCCUUUUCCUAUGUAGAAAACGAAACCGUGUUAACUCUGUACUUUAAUAAAAUGUAAACUUGAAAACUA